AUGCUUCGAACUUGGGUCUCUCAGAGCCCAACUACGCUUCGAAAAACUAGGUACUCAAUGAUGAUUGGAAAGCGAAAAAGAGACACACAUGUUGUGUCGAGAUCUACGACAUCCGAGGAAGACGAAGCGACAACCACUACGACGAACGAUAGUUCUAGCCAUGAUAUUUUCCGCAAAUUUUUCGAAGCUCAAUUUCAGCCCUUAGAAGUGCCUGAAACCCAUAUUACAUGUGCCCAGGGAUCCGACGAUGAGCAUGGUACCAACGAAUCUGAAGAAUCUGAGCCUGAGUCUGAAUGGAAUGGCGUCUCAGAGGAUGGGCACGAAGAAAACAAAGUUGAGGUAGUCGAGCACCACGACUUGUCCGCGGUGGCUAAGGAAUCAAUGGAUAAGAGAGCUCGCAAAGCCUUCAUGGUAUAG